AUGAAACACAAAUAUCACUGCCUAUCAGCUCCGCAAAUGUCAGUUGCUUUUCAGUGUCGAAUGUAUGCUCAUAUAAAGGUGAUUUACUAUAAACAAAUCCGUUAUGGUAGGCUAAUGAAGUAUAUGACUUUGAGCAUUAAGGAAAGUCGACAUUCGCAUAUGCAUCAGAUUCCGAAUCUCCUCGUGAUUCUUAUGUCCAGCCAGACUGGAAACCUUCUUGGAGAGACUCGUAUUUUCCAACUCUCAGAAGACAAAACAUCGAAUAACGGUUCAUCUUGUUAUCUGAUGCAUGAAGAGUCCAUCUCUAUCAUGGAUAUAGAAGAUGAAGAAUGA